AUGAACGCUAUGCACCAUUCUAUACUUUGCGAGUUCAUGAACACCAUUGGAUUCAUGGUAUUCGGAAACCAUCUCAUACCUCUCGACCCUAACGAGCUCCUCCCUUUUGGAGACCCGAACGGAAACGCCCGGUUCACCGGAUACUACAAUGACACCAUCUCCGUUUUCAGAGCCACAAGGGACAUCGCCAUGGGCGAGGAAAUUCGGAUGUGUCGUCCGUCGUUCAUGUGUCUCUGCACGCUGUGCUCUGUUCCACCACCAGCCGCAGCCUUGCGGCUUAACCCCGCAGCCUUCCCGUUCUUUUCCACCAUUGGUAGUGCCGCUAAUUGCGGAGCCGUUGAUGAAGAAAGACACGUGCAAGCCGACGGUUGCGAGGAUGGCGAGGACGGCGAUGACGAGAAAAGCAAGGACAGUGAGAAAGAUGAGGAAGGACAAGAAAACCUCGAGAUCCCAAAGCGAAACAAGGGCAAGGGCAAAGCCAUUGACAUGGAACUCGACAACGGUGAAGGCCCCAGCAGGCCUAGAGAAGAGUGGCAGGUCAGGGCACAGGGCCAGGAAGGAGCCCCAAAUCUCUACUCUGGAUCCGGAGAUAGUCCCCUUUCCUUUCGAGCAGCCUUGGCGCUACCGGCUCCGGGGUCUGCAGGACCAAGACCUCAUGAUCCUCUCAGGAUGAAUCCGGCCACCCCGUCUACUGGUAAUCAGCAGCAAGAAAAGGUCGCCAAGUCUGACAGCGGUGGUGAUGCAGAACAUGUUGAGAAUGUUGCCAGCAACGACGGAGCGAACGAUAUGGCCCAAAACAAGAAGCUAGGCCGCAAAGCUAGAUUCAAACUGGUCUUGAGGAAGAAAUUUGGAAUCAAAGACAAGCGUGACGCCGGCCACAACAAGGAUAAACAAGCUGAAGGCGAACAAAUUGAGGACAACCAACCCGGUGUCAAACAUGCAGGUGACAGCGAGCCGGCAACCAGCGAACAUCAGGAGUUGGCAGAUUAG